CCAAACCUGCCUCCGGUUCAAGCCUCUAUUAAUCCUCCUUUCUCUCCACCACCAUCUGUGCUUAACGAUGCAUCUGAGAAUCAGCAGCAAGAAACCCUUCAGGCUUUAUUAGCUUUGGCCGCUAAAGAAUUAGAAGAGGCGGAGUUAGAGGAGGAAACUUUGGAACAAUUAAUGGAGGAAGAAGCAAAUAAGGAGGAAAAAAUGGAUAACGCCCCUGAAAUAGUAAAGAAAAAGGCCCCUAGUAAAAGAAAAGUAAAAGCAAAUAUUAGUAUCAGCUCUGAAAAAAAAUCCACUGCCCUUUAUUGUGAUGCCCAGGUACUAGGUGCAACCAUUCCCCUAAUUGUUAAUAGCGGUUCAUUGGAAAGUAUUAAGGUCGAACGUCCCUCCAUGGUAAAUAUGAUAAAUGUCUAUGGUGAAAGUAUGAGAGCUUUAGGUGAGAUAUCCAACUUUCUCUUUAAUAUUGGAGGAAUAGAAAUUCCGAUUGAUGUCGUUAUUACAGAUACUAGCCUCAGAAAUGACCCUUACCUGGAAGAACUUACCCUUCCUGUAGAAUUCAAAAAAAUCACUUAUGAUCCUCUUGGUAAUAACUGCCCUACUGAAGAAAAAGAGUUCGAAGAAGAGUUGGAGGAUAGUGACAAGGAAUACAAAGAAGAGGA